AUGCCUUCCCUGGUUUCCGAAUUCAUCAUCAACCCUGUGCUGCGACAGGCUCGCCGCUUUUCUGAGAUCUCCCGUGCAGCGCCAUCGGUAGCCGGGGAGGAAGAGACUCCGGUGGUCCAGGCGGAUGUUGUCCACGAUUCGGAUGAUGCCGAGGAUGUUGUGCAGCAGGGGCCGGAUCUCCCACUUGAACGGCAACGCUCACGGCCUCUGAGCUCUUCAACCCAGGAAACGAUUGUUGAAGAGGCCGCGGUUGAGCCGGUAACACCCACUGCACCGCUACUCGAUCAUCUUGGCUUUCCCAUAACGCCACCCAGAAAUGCACCGGCCAAGAGCGGGCCCAUCCCGGCAGACGAUGGCAUGCGAGAGCUGCGGUCCCGCAUCCAGGAGAUCAAUUGCCGAGACAUCUCAUCUGGCGAGAAGGCAAGGCUCAUCCACGAUACUCUGCUGGAGGGCUAUCGUGCGUCCAUGGCCACGGCCACAUCCCUAGGCAAAGGCGACUCGGAUGAUGGAAUAAUCGGCCAUGUAUGGGAGCCCGCCAGCCCAACCGGGCCUCUCGAGUCCUUCAAGUUCUGGCAAAAUCAGGUCAUGGGUGAGCCGUCGGUCAAGGAGACGUUUGUCUUGAGUGAAAGUGACAUCGCCCCGACCUACGCCCCUAUCCGGCACUCAAGAACACCAAGCGCAACAACGCCGACGCACUCAGCUGCUUCGCUUACUGAAACCCGAGGCCCGCUAGGAUGUGAGCACUAUGAGCGGAACGUGAAGCUGCAGUGUUCCACCUGCAAGAAGUGGUAUACUUGUCGGUUCUGCCAUGAUGCGAACGAGGAUCACACUCUUAUCCGCAAAGAUACAAAGAACAUGCUCUGCAUGCUAUGUGCUACGCCUCAAAAAGCGUCUGAUGUAUGCAACAACUGCGGUGAGGUAACGGCUCAGUAUUACUGCAAUAUUUGUAAGCUCUGGGAGAAUCGCCCCAACAAACCCAUCUAUCACUGCAGUGACUGUGGAAUAUGCCGCCGGGGCAUGGGUCUUGGAAAGGACUUCUUCCACUGCAAGACAUGCCGAGCAUGCAUCACUACAUCGAUCGAGAGCUCACACAAGUGUAUCGAGCGAUCAACUGACUGUGACUGCCCGAUUUGCGGCGAAUACAUGUUCACAUCACCGAAACGGGUAGUCUUCAUGGUAUGCGGCCAUAGUAUACAUAAAAAGUGCUAUGAGCAGCACAUGAAAUCCUCAUAUAAAUGCCCGAUUUGCAACAAAAGUCUCGUCAACAUGGAAACGCAGUUUCGCAACUUGGACCUUGCCAUUAUGAGCCAGCCUAUGCCACCCGACUUUCGUGACACAAAAGCCAAGAUUCUAUGCAACGAUUGCUCCGCCAGAAGCACUGUGGCAUAUCAUUGGCUGGGACUCAAAUGUUCAAUUUGUCGGUCGUAUAACACGGUAGAGCUGCAGAUAAUGGGCCGGAAUAUUGAGGGACUCCAGCCUGCUGCUGGUGACCAGCCUCCGGUUGCAGAAGAAGCCAGCUUACCAGAGGCCAUGCCUGGAAAUCGGCGAAUCUCUAUUACGACAGGCCCGCGAGCAAUCCCAGGCCCUAAUAGACGGCGACACUCUUCCAAUGCGCUCGAGCCACCGUCACGCAUAAUAGACAGAUAUGCGCGAUCCAUGUCACCUUCACACCUAAUGAUGGAUCUACCACAGUCAACCGUUGUAGAAGUGGAUGGGGAGUCUGAUGACGAUAUCUUGGGUUUCUGGAGAAGCGGUGAAGACGACGAGGACGAUGGAGCCAGUGAUGACGAUGACUAUAGUUCAGAGGAAUCCAGCGAUGACGACGCUCCCGAGGCAGAUGAUGAUGAGGACGACGACGACGACGACGAAGAUGAAAACGGAAUCAACUUGAUUGGACACAGAUAA